AUGGCAUCAGAAGAUCAAGCGAUCCUGGAACAAAUCAGUCGCAUAGCUGGCCAGAUCAAUCAACAUAAGAAUUACCAGUCGACAGACUCCCACAAUCACACACAUUCCUCUUCAUCCACAAAUAGUUACCAUCCACAACCAAAUAAUCGGGGAAGACAUGGAGCUUAUGCAUUUCAUCCUUAUGGAAAUUGUCGAGGUGCUGGCUCUAGAGGCGCACACUCUACCAGAGGAUUUCGAGGUGGACGAGGGGGCGUGGGCGGCAUUGUGCGGCAUCGCACCCUUGUAUUAAAUGGCGGUAGUUCUGCCCCACCAUCGCAACCGGAUUCAUCAAAUGUAACUCCGUCUGCAGACGAAAACGAGCGGAUCUCCUCUGCUGAUUACAUCACUAAAACCGAUCGCCAUCUCCAGUUGAUCAAUAAAUCAUAUUUCGAAAAGGAUAGUCAAAUUCGAGUCAAAGCCAUUGAGGAAACUAGGAGACAAAAACUUAAGCAAAGGGAUGAGAGGGAGAAGUUGAAGCUCAGCAGACAUUUGCAGCGCUUAGGUGCCCGUUUCGACUCUUCCACUUUACAACCUAUCGGAACGAGCAAUUAUGAGGUUAAUGUUAGCGGAAUCCGAUUCAUGGUCACAAAGAAUGGUAGCAAACUUGUCAAGGCUUCUGAUGUCCUCACUUCCGCAAAUGCUACCCCCAAGACCGCUUUGAUUGGGGGCGUCAAAUUUUAUAGAAGUAAGAACGGAAACAUGUAUCGCGAAGGGAUAAUUAAAGCCACUAGGAAACACGCGGUCAUUAAGAUCAAUGAGCCGUGUACUUGCAACAAAGGUCCUAAGUGCCGAUAUAUCCACGACCCUUCAAAAGUUGGAGUAUGUAAAACUUUUCUUCUCAAAGGUGAAUGUCCUAAUGGGGAUUCUUGCGACCUCUCUCACGACCUUACACCCGAGAGAACACCGACAUGCUUGCAUUUUGCCAAGGGCAAUUGUGCGAACUCAGAUUGUCGUUAUACACAUGUUCGUGUUUCACCAACAGCGUUAGUUUGCCGUUCUUUCGGAAUAUAUGGAUAUUGCGACAAGGGAAGUACUUGCACGGAGCGACAUGUUCACGAAUGCCCGGAUUUCAGCAACACAGGUACUUGCACUACAAGAGGAUGCAAACUUCCCCACCGCAUUAAGGCUAGUGUUAUUCGUAGGAAUGCAGCUGCUGGCGAUUCCUCUCCAGGUGAUCAGUCUAGUGACAUUUCGAGCGAUGAGGAAGAAGAGAUAGACAGCGACGAUGUUGACUCGGAUGUCAUUGAUGAGGAAGUCUUCGGUAAUGAGGAUGGAGAAAAGGGAUCUGGAAUUCUCGCACAACAGGAUUAUAUGCACUUUUCCUGA